GUACAGGUAUGAGCUAUGGUUGUUGUGGCUGGGGGAAAGGUUCCCCCUACGUGGGUUUUAGCAUCCCCUGCAGUACCAGGUCCUUGCGGCUCAUGUACUGGUUUCUCCUCUAUCCCUCACCAGAUACAGUACUGCCCAUCUGGAGUCCACACCUGCACUGCAGCAGCAGCAGCUGGAGUGAAGAGAGCCCAAGCUGUGGCAGAACUAAAUGUAAGGGAAUCUGAUGCACGAGUGUGUGAUGAAUCAUCAUGUAAAUAUGGAGGAAUAUGUAAAGAAGAAGGUGAUGGCUUGAAAUGCGCAUGUCAAUUUCAGUGUCACACAAAUUAUAUUCCUGUUUGUGGAUCAAAUGGAGACACUUACCAAAACGAAUGCUUCCUCAGGAGAGCUGCUUGCAAGCAUCAGAAGGAGAUAACAGUGGUAGCAAGAGGACCUUGUUAUUCUGAUAAUGGUUCUGGAUCAGGAGAAGGGGAGUAUGAAGGAUCUGGGACAGAAGUUCAGAGAAAACACUCAAAAUGUGGAGUUUGCAAAUAUAGGGCUGAGUGUGAUGAAGAUGCAGAAAAUGUUGGGUGUGUGUGCAACAUAGACUGCAGUGGAUACAGUUUUAAUCCUGUGUGUGCUUCUGAUGGAAGUUCCUAUAACAAUCCAUGCUUUGUUCGAGAAGCAUCAUGCCUGAGACAGGAGCAGAUUGACAUAAGACAUCUUGGUCACUGCUCAGACACAGAUGACACUAACUCAGUGGGAAAGAAAGAUGAUGGAAUGCAAUAUCGACCAGAGGUGAAAGAUGCCAGUGAUCAAAGAGAAGACAUAUAUAUUGGAAACCAUAUACCUUGUUCAGAAAGCUUCAAUGGUUACUGUAUACAUGGAAAAUGCGAAUUCAUUUAUUCCACUCAGAAGGCUUCCUGCCGGUGUGAAUCAGGAUAUACUGGACAGCACUGUGAAAAGACAGACUUUAGUAUUCUAUAUGUUGUUCCAAGUAGACAAAAGCUUACGCAUGUCCUUAUUGCAGCAAUAAUUGGAGCUGUACAGAUUGCCAUUAUAGUUGCAAUUGUCAUGUGCAUAACAAGAAAAUGCCCUAAAAACAAUAGAGGACGUCGGCAGAAGCAAAACUUAGGCCAUUUUACUUCAGAUACAUCAUCCAGAAUGGUUUAGUUUGAUGAUUUUUAUACCCACAUUGACCAUGUGAUGUACAUUUUUAUUAUCUCUUUUUUUAAAGAAUGGAAAUAUUUAUUUCAGAGGCCUUAUUUUUGGACAUUUUUAGUGUAACACUAUUGGUCUGUUGUAUUCUGAAAGAAUCUGCUCCAACAGCUAUGGACUGUUUUAGUAAUUUUCCUUUUAUGUUUUUGAAAACUGUAGUUCAUUUUCUGUAUCUGUAUCACAUGGUUACAUAAUAGACUUGUGCUUUACUCAUGGAAUGUAAUAUUUUUGAGAACACAGACUUAUUCACCAAUGGUUGUAGAUAAAAAAAAAAAAAAAGGGGGGGAAAGAAUUACCUAGCAAACAAGGCAUGAACUAAAGGCGAAGAUGUUUACAGCUUACUUUUCUUAUGAGAAACUAGAAGACACUGUGUUUAAAUACCGUAGAUAUUUCAAUGUUUUUGAAAGUUAGUAACUGAUUUUUUAGACACUGCCUAUCGCAUGAACUGUGGAAUUGUGUGCUGUGCGUAGUUGUAACAUAUUUAUAAAAUGUAUGGGCUGGGUCUGAGCACUACCAUCUUCAUAAAUAAUACUGACACUUUAUUUUUAAAGAGUAAAAUAUAAAUUUCAUAAUUUGGGAAAUUUCCUGAUUGAGGCAGCUGGCACAGGUCCAAAAAAGUAGGUCUUUGUAGAUUUAAGUGUUGUAAAAACCAGUGUCGAAUAAUCAAAUUCAAAUAAUUGGAAUAAAGCCUACUUUAUCACUGUUAAAACUGCUUUAAUACUUAUUAAACUUUUUUAAGAGGAUACGUGUUUUAACACCAAUGAUACAGAUUGUAUAGUGUUUGUGACUAAAAUGCAGAAAACAAAAAAUAAAGUCAAUGAAUUACCAGCGCUCUUGUAUAGAAUAUUUUCAAGAGCUAAAUUAAGGCCAUCCAAAUUAGUUUGCUGGUCAUAGUUAUAUUAAUAGCCUGUUAGUUGUUGUUUGAAAGAUCCAGAGAUAAAAUGUGAGUAGGAUGUGUUCAGCUGUUUAAUAUGUAGUUUAGGCUUUUAAAAUUCUGCAUGUAGGAUUUAGUAAUUUCUUCAAUAAAAAGCUUUCAACAUUUUGAA